ACCUUGUAGAGCUAUACUAGCACAUGCCGUGGUGAUAUAGUGAUAUCGUUUGUGUAUUUAAACUACAUAAUACAACCGUCUGUUACUAUUACUAGACUGGAACAGUGAAUAGGCGUAAGUGAUUAUUCAUCUAAGAAUAUGGAGACGUCUUGAUUGUCUAAGAAGUGCGAACUAGAUUUUGGAAAACACAGGACAAUAAGCAUGGAUAUUAUUACUAUGUUAUUUGACAAAUGUAUAUGCACGAUAAGGACAAUGUUUCUUUAUAGAAAUUAUAAAUUAUUAACAGUGUUGAUUUUAUUGCAAAUGGAGUUAGCAUCUUGUUCCUUCUUUGGCCCCCGGUUUAAACUUCCAACAUAUCAUGGACCAAUAAGAGAGCCGCCGUUCUUCACGAACAUCUCUGCGUGUUCCCAUGUCAAGCAUAGAUACCUAGCAGACCUAGAGAACAAAUGCAAUUUCUAUGAAUGUACAAGAUUAGGACGCUACAAACUAACUAAGUGCCCAUCGGGUCUUUCUGUCCCAAGAUCACUACGCGAGGAAACUGAAAAUGGGAAGCCGUCUGCUUCACCAGUCUGUAAGCAGAUAUCCGCUCGAUGUAGGAAAUCAAUGGAGCAAGUCAACACGGCCAUUUUAGGAAAUUAUACUAUUAAGAGAGAAAGACGAUGUGGUAUUGAUUUGUUGUGGGUAAUUGAUGUGAGCUGCAGCAUCCCAGCAGAUGACAGACAGCGUGUGAAAAACUUCGUACUAAAUACGAUAGAUCGGUUUAAAAUAAAAGGCACUAACUUUGUUCAAGUCGGGGGUGUGACGUAUGAUGGUGAAAUUCACGACAUCAUGUAUUUGAGUCAGACUGUUAACAAAGUUCGAACAAUGCAUCGGUUCACAUCACGUUACGUCAGCGAGCCGAGCAAAUGUAAAACAGCUACGAACAUAGCCCUACAAACAAUAUACGAAUUCUAUCUUGAUCCCUUGAAUGGAAACAGGCCAGAAUUUCCUGAUAUUUUGAUUGUGAUGACAGAUGGUAGAACGUACCUCGGGAAAAAGGGGGAUAAUAAAAAGGCGGCUGCAGAAACGGAACAAUAUGCGAGACUUAUACGUGAAGAGAAGGGAGUAACGACCUUCGUGGUGGGUCUACCUAACAGACAGACCGGAAAGUUCGCGGGACAGACAGAAUGGCUGCAAAUGGCAGGAACGGAAGACAGAGUGUUUUUGAUAUCUAGGUUUGAAGAGUUGAAGAACAGAGUUGAUGAAAUUACAAAUAGUGCUUGCCCGGAUGAUUCAUGAAACGAGUGUAAACGACCAAAGGAACAUUAUAACUAAUUACGACUCAUUAAAAAUAUGUCUGAGUGCAAGGAGGAUUUGACCCCACAAUGCAAUCACGAUAUUCUUUCGUUUCUUUCGGUACAGUACUUAGCCCUGCGUAUUAAACUCUUGAAUAAACUCGGGUGUCAUGAUAACAAAAUUUGGUUUUAUUACAUAACAUUUUGAAACACCAAGAGUGAUGAAAAAUAAGCUCAAAUAUUCUGGAUUGGUGAUUAUUACUUUACAUACUCGGCGCGCAGAUUCUAGUAUAUAUACUUCCGAAGAAGAGGCUCUCUUUUAAGAUGUGAAGUCGAACGAAUGCAGAGUAAUUAUUUAAUAACAGAUUGUUGCAAAAUAUUAAACUUGCAUUCUUGAAGUCAAUCCUCCUUGGGUCGGGUGCGAGACUCCCGCGUCAAUGAAUUAGAUUGAUUCGCAUAAAAGUUCUUAUUAUUAGGCAGCAAUGGCAAAGUAUUAGAGGUGUGCACCGAUGGUAAAU